AGUAGACAUUUUCAGCUCCGGACGACUCAAGGAGAGAGCAAGUGACGUCGUUCAUUAAAAAACUACUAAUCCAGGAUUCGUAACGUUGUACACCUGUCGGAAGAGGAAAGUCACGAGUUGCAGUCAAGGAGCUGUCCUUUGGACUUCAGUCGGAGUGUUUUUGGAGGAUGCAUUCCGCCAGAUAUGAAUACGACGGCCGUAAUGGCCAUCAUGAGCGGAUUGACUUCUUAACCAGCAAAGAGAAGGUGCCAUCAAAGCGGAAGACUGGCAUCCUGAUUGGUGUUCUUGUGGCACUUCUGGUCGUUGCAGCUGUUGCAGCCUUUCUCGUUUGGCUGUUUGUCUUUAAAGAUGCUGAUUCAGAAGCCACCGUUAGUAAGCAGCUCAGUCCAUCAUCACAGGUCUUCAGUGGGCAUAUGAAGUUGGUUGGAGUACAGUAUGACCAGAAUCUGGAGGAUACCGAGAGCAAUCAGUUCAAGGAUUUGGCAGCCAAGUUGGAAGCAAAUCUGGGGGAAAACUACAAGAACGAUCCAUUCCUCGCAAAAUACUACACUAAAUCUGUGAUCACCGCAUUCAGUGAGGGUGUGAUAGCCUACUACUGGUCCCAGUUUGAUAUUCCAGUCAAGGACCUGGAGAUUGUACCGGAGUUCUCAGAGGAACGGGUGCUGGACUCACUGGAGAAGGGCAUUGAGGGCCAACGCAGCACAUCAGACCGUGUUGAAAUCAGUGAAAUCACGGCCUCAUUCACAGAUCCUCGCAUGGCAAGGAACCCCACAGCCUUGGAGUGUUUCCACCGUCUGGAGGCUGAAGAGAAGGAAAACACAUUUAUGUCACCAGGGUACCCCACAGGCUACCCCGCCAGGUCUCGGUGUCAGUGGCAAAUCCGAGCGUCAGAGGACAAUGUCAUAUUUGUCACUUUCCCCUUUUUCCACAUCGAGGAUGACUGCUCUGAUGACUUCGUCUCCAUCUUUGACUCUCUGAGUCCAGAUGAUUCUCAGGCGAUCACAGAGAAGUGUGGUCAGAGGCCCCCCUCCAACCCUCUCGAGGUUGCCUCAUCUGGCAACAUCAUGCUGAUUAACUUGAUUGCUGACAGUCAUGUCCAGAGGCCUGGCUUCGAAGCCACGUAUAAGGCCAUCCCCAAGACUAAAGUGAAAACCUGUGGUGGUGUCCUCUCUCAGGGCAGUGGAGUCUUCACCUCCCCACUUCACCCCAGCUUCUAUCCUCCUGCUGUGGACUGCAAGUGGACCAUCAAGGUCCCGGCUGGGAAGAAGGUGCGGGUGAAGUUCACCAUGUUCCGCAUGAAGGAGCCUGGAGUUGACAUCCGUGUGUGUCACAAAGACUAUGUAGAAGUUAUGGGCACCAAGUAUUGUGGAGAAGUGUCUUCCUUGGCUCUGACCAGUGACACCAAUGUCCUGGAUGUGACCUUCCACUCUGAUGAGUCCUACACUGACAAAGGCUUCAGUGCCGAGUACAACGCCUACGAUCCUUCGGAUCCUUGCCCCAACAAGUUUGCCUGUAAUUCUGGCAUCUGCAUCGCUAUGGAGCUGAAGUGUGAUGGCUGGAAUGACUGUGGUGAUAUGAGUGACGAGAUGAAGUGUCAGUGUUUGGCGGACCAGUUUGCUUGUGAUAAUGGCUUGUGCAAACCGAAACUGUGGGUGUGCGAUCACGUCAAUGACUGUGGAGACGGGAGCGACGAGAAAAAAUGCAGUUGUGAGAAGAAUGAUUGGCGUUGUGGUGACGGGCUUUGUUUGCCUCAGGAUGUUGUGUGUGACAAGAAGAUCGACUGUGCAGAUGGAAGCGACGAGGCUUCUUGUAAAACCUCUCCGGGUAUCUGCUCUGACUUCAGCUUCAAGUGUAAGAACAGCGAAUGUGUCAACAAGGUGAAUGCCGAGUGUGACCGCAUCAGCGACUGCUCUGAUAACUCAGACGAGGACGCCUGUAGUUGUGGAACCAGGCCCUAUAAGCUCAAUCGCAUCGUAGGAGGGCAGAAUGCAGAGCUGGGGGAGUGGCCCUGGCAGGUCAGCCUUCACUUCCAGACCUAUGGACACGUUUGUGGUGCCUCAAUCAUAUCUGAGAGGUGGCUCCUUUCGGCUUCCCACUGCUUUGUCACCAGCAGCCCAGCGAACUCCAUUGCAUCCAACUGGCUAACCUACAGUGGCAUGCAGGACCAGUACAAGCAGGAAGACGUACAGCGCCGCCAAGUGAAGAGGAUUAUCUCCCACCCGGAUUACAACCAGAUGACCUAUGACUAUGACAUCGCACUGCUGGAGCUCAGCGAGCCUCUGCAGUUCACCAACACCAUCCAACCCAUCUGCCUACCCUCUUCCUCCCACGUCUUCCCUGCAGGCAUGUCCUGCUGGGUCACAGGCUGGGGCGCGCUUCGAGAAGGAGGUCAGAAGGCGCAGCUGCUGCAGAAGGCAUCGGUGAAAAUCAUCAACGACACGGUGUGUAACACAGUCACGGAGGGCCAAGUCACCUCCAGAAUGCUCUGCAGUGGAUUCUUGGCUGGAGGAGUGGAUGCGUGCCAGGGAGACUCUGGGGGCCCCCUGGUGUGUUUCGAGGAGAGUGGGAAGUGGUUUCAGGCCGGCAUCGUGAGCUGGGGUGAGGGCUGUGCUCGUCGGAACAAGCCCGGUGUCUACACACGUGUCACCAAACUGAGAGAGUGGAUCCAGAAGGAGAUAGGGAUUUGAUGAUGCUGCGAGGAGCAGGCAGGGAUGCAGAGUGGGGACCAUUGGCAACAUGCUAAAAUAAUGGAGACUGAACAUUUGAUUCUGAUUCAGAACAGGUCUCUCCAAGAUUUGUUCAUUUAGCAGCAGACUGGGAAUACUGCUGCAUGGACCCAGCUACUCACAUGAACGACUUGAUGCACUUUAUGUGGCUGCCAACCCUCCUUUUACUCAUUGGUCCCACUCACUUACACACUUCUGUGUAACCACACCAACUCAUACACUAUAUUGCCAAAAGUUUUUGCUCAUCUGCCUUUACACGCAUAUGAACUUAAGUGACAUCCCAUUCUUAAUCCACAGGGUUUAAUAUGAUGUUGGCCCACCUAUAACAGCUAUAACAGCUUCAGCUCUUCUGGGACGGCUUUCCACAAGGUUUAGGAGUGUGUUUAUAUGGAAUCUUUGACCAUUUUUCCAGAAGCGCAUUUGUGAGGUUAGACACUGACGUUGGACGAGAAGGCCUGGCUCGCAGUCUUCGAUCUAAUUCAUCCCAAAGGUGUUCUGUCGGGUUGAUGUCAGGGCUCUGUGCAGACCAGUCAA